ACAAUGACCGGGAGUUGUUGGGGCAGUUUCCUCCCCGAUGGCUCAGUACGGAACUAGAAUCAAGCGCGAGUGCAUCGAUCGAUCGACAGCAAACGGAACAAUCGCGAGGAAAUGAGAACUGUGUCAGUGGAGAAGCUGCUCUGGUUACUCAUAGCCUCAAAGUUCGCCACGGCCUUGGCGGAUAACCCGUUGGCCAAAGAUGAAGAAGUGGUCAACGCUACAACGUUGAUCUUGGAGAACAUAUCUUCGGCGCAGAGCUCAAUCGAACCCCUGAAAUCGGAUUUGCCUACGACGGAUUACUUAAAACUAGCCGCUCAAGGUCUCGUGGAAUAUGUUUCGAAUUUAACGAGCAAAUUUACCCCAGUGUUUGAGAAGUUCGAGGAAAAUGACCUUCAGUUAAUACAGCAAACCCUUAUCGAAGCUAUUCGGUACCUGAAUGGCUAUGAUGUCGUCAACAGUAUCACUCUGCUGCAAAACGUCGAUUACAACCUCUACAACCACAACCAGUUCCGGUCAAUCAACAGCGAUAUGAGAAUUGCAUCGAUCAGCCUGUCGGAGGCGAUGUUCGAUCAACGUGAUGUCACCCCAGCGCUGGACGAUCUUCUCGCUACCUCCGAUAAGCUGGUUGAACACGUCUCUCGUGUUUCCGAUGCAAUCCAGAAGGGUGAAGCCUGGACCUUGGAGACAACCAGUCGGGCCAUGGCCGCCCAACGCAGCUUCAACGAAUCGAUCGAUAACUAUCUCAAUGCAUCGGCAACUCUGAUCGAAGAUGUUACCGAAUCGCUGAACAAUCUGCGUACCUACGAAGAAGAGCUCUACCAAAAAAUGAAAGAGAAGAUACAAAUGUUCCCCAAAUCCACCAUCAACUACUUCAUUGCGCUGAAGAAGUCUCUCGAGAACAUGAUACAGAAAGUGAUGCUCGGCUUCGAAAACCUACGCCUCUACAAACACCGGGAGAUCGAACAGUGGAAAUCGCGAUCGUUCAUAUCCGCCCCGAUGAGCUACAUGACGCAAGUAACGGUCCAGGUAUCGGCCGAUCCGAUGCUCGCGAACGAUUGCACCGAAGGCUACAUCGAGAAGCUGCUGGCUUUCCCGAACUUUACGAUGACUCACGUAAGCGCCUGCCUGCUGGAUCAAUCGGCGAACGAGGAAAAAACCUUCGAAACGGUGAACAGCGUUAUCGAAAACUUUGCCGUCUCAGCAAUCAAUGCAUCUUACGCUGCGUUCGAUAUCUGCUUCCGGUACGCACCGAAGAAGGUCACCUACUGCUUGGAUUUGAAUGGCUUCGAGAAUACCUGGGCAAACGGGCGUAUUUUCAUGGCAUCCAAGCAGAUUGAAACGUUCAUCGACAGUGAGAUUCAGAGCAACUUCAACACCUGUAUCGCUCAGAUCGGAUACUUCCUGAACUACCACAACCUGCAGGAGAUGUGCUUUUAUAACAAGAAACGAAAUCGACCACGUGGCCGUUGGUGAAUUCUGACUUCGCGGAACACUAUAGUUACCAUGUAUUUCUGUUACGUUGUUGUUAGUGAAUAAACAUCUGUUACUGGCAGUUAGCCCUUAAUCCUA